AUGAACUCAUCACCUUCCACACAACGAAGAAGGAGAAGUUCCCAACACGAUAAUUCUCCAGAAUACAUAAGUGAAAUAAGGAAACAAAGAGCCAAUAAAUGGCAGCGCAUCAGAGAAUCACGAAUGCAACAGGGUCUUGACCCUGAUAUACCACCAGAAUUACAAUUUCAAAGAAGACCAUUCUUGACAUUGCAUGAUAAUGAACCUGACAACGGUGAGAGCAAACAUGAAUUCUCCAUAUUGACUUAUAAUUGUUUGGCACAAGGUUUAAUUAUGAGAGAUAUGUUCCCUGAGAGUGGGAACGCCUUGAAAUGGACAAGAAGAUCAAAAACAAUGAUUAAUGAAUUGAAAUAUUAUAAUCCAGAUAUUAUGUGUUUGCAAGAAAUUGACUUUAAAUACGUGAAGGAAUUUUGGUCAGUACAAUUUAAAUCGUUGGGUUACUCAUUCAAAUUCUUUAAGAAGGAGAAAAAAAUACAUGGUGUCGUUAUUGCAUGGAGGGAUAGCAUCUUUAAAUUUUAUGAUCAGUGCCAAGUGGAUUUUGAUGAAUUAUUGGCCGGUGACAUCCCGCCACGGACAAAGACAAGAAAUAUUGGAUUAAUAGUAGCAUUACAAUUUUUGGACAAUAAUAACAACAAUCCAUCAAGAGAAUCACAUGGAAUCGUCGUGGCCACAACACAUUUAUUUUGGCAUCCAUUUGGUACUUUUGAAAGAACAAGACAAUGCUAUUUAAUGCUAUCUGAAAUGAAUAAAUUUUUGUCAUUUCUUAAUGAGCAUUCAGGUAUUACAAAUUGGUAUCCCUUCCUUACUGGUGAUUUUAAUUCACAACCAAAGGAUGCACCAUAUAUGUCCAUGACAACAAAACCUAUUCAAUAUCAUGAUGAAAUGCGAACUGUCAUUGAAUGUAGUACAUCUUACACAUACUCCAAAAAGAGAAAUGGUGAUAUGGAUGUAAAUGAAAAGGAACAAUCAGAUUCUGAAGAAGACGAAGAAUUUAUUAAAAAGCAACCGACAGAUCCAAGACCAGCUUUUUUUCAACCUACUAAAGAGCAGGCUGCUUUAGUAAACACUAUUCAACAAUUGCAUAAUUCUUUACCCUUCAGAGCAAUUUCUUUAUAUUCUGUGGGGUAUAGGAACGUACAUCCCGAAAAUUCAUUCAUUAAUAAUACCAGAGGUGAACCUGAAUUUUCCAGCUGGGGUAUUCAUUGGUCUGGAUUAUUGGAUUAUAUAUUUUAUAUCAAGGCAUGGAAUUUAAAGGACAAAAAUGAUGACGUAGAAACGUUGGAAACCUUCGAGAAAACCAACACAUUAAAAAUAUUGGGGUUCUUGAAACUGCCCUUACGGAAAGAGAUGGCUCAUCAUUCACAACCAUACGAGGGGGAAUACCCCAGUGAUCAUUUAGCAUUAAUGUGUAAGUUGCAGCUUACUAAAUAA